AUGUCCCUGUUUUUACGAGAGCGAAAGGGCAGAGCGCUGGAGGACAUAGCGAGCCUCGCAGACCGCUAUCUCGAGGCCCAGGAGCAGGAGCCCGUAAGGCACGAGGAUACUGGAGGGGGUCCCUCUCAAAAUGCAUGCCAUCUGAAGCCCAACGGAAAACGGAACGAAAACAACAGGUCCCCGGGAAAAUGUUUCUUGUGCGGCAAGAGCGGACAUUUGGCGGCUGAAUGUCGAAGUGGAAUGAACCAAAACAGGAAGGCAGUGGUCUGCCAGAAUUGCGGCAAGACGGGGCACGCGGCUAACAAGUGCUGGAGUCCGGUCGGAGGGGCGCGGGUUUCCUGCUUGCAUGCGGCCGGGGAAGAGAUGAACGCCGUAUCGGAUCGUGUGAGAAAUGGUUAUGUAGAGCUGCGGGACGGCACAAAGGUACCCGUGGUAAAUGCAAUGUCCGCAGCCGCCCUUCUCACAGGUGACAUGCCGGUGGCCGCCGGCAGGCUACAGGGACAGGCUGUCACGGUUCUGCGAGACACGGGAUGCAAUACUGUUGUGGUGCGCCGGGACCUCGUUUCCGACGAAAGCCUGACGGGACGGUCGAGCCUCGUCUACUUGGUCGACGGAACCGCGAAGGUUUUACCUGAGGCCAAAGUACAUGUCCAGACUCCGUUCUACAGCGGGACUAUCACUGCGAAGUGUAUGGACAGCCCAUUGUACGACGUCAUUCUGGGAAAUAUUCCGAAUGUGCGUGCUCCCGGGGACCCCGACGUAGACUGGAAUAGGUCAGACGAGACCAAAAACCGAGCCCCAGAUGACAAGCCAGAAAAUACUGGGGUUUCGACGACGGCUGCCGUGGAAACUAGAUCCAGGAAGAAGAUGGCAGGGAAGGGCGUCAGUCCGCUACGAGUGCCAAGCAUUGAAGGCGCCCCCGCGGGGCCGGAAGAGUUGGCUACACAACAAAAAGAAGACCCCAGCCUAAAGACGUGCUUCGAGCGUGUGGGAAAAGAAAUGACUUGCAAAAACUCAAACGACAGGUACGAGUUCGCUAUGCACGAGGGGCUGCUGUACCGAAUUUUUCGGCCUGCGGUAGAGAGGGAAGUGCACCAGCUGGUGCUUCCCCAGGGACUACGAGACGUGGUGCUUCGGAUGGCCCAUGAUGGCAUCCUGGCUGGACACCAGGGAGCAGAGAAAACCACCCACCGGGUUCUAGAGGAAUUCUACUGGCCCGGACUUCAAGCCGAUGUAAAGAGAUUCGUCAGGUCUUGCGAUCAGUGUCAGAGGACCACCCCAAAAGGAAAAGUGACGAAGGCACCCCUCGGCACGAUGCCCUUGAUAGACACUCCUUUCCAGCGGGUGGCCGUCGACAUCGUGGGCCCCAUCACACCGGUGACGGCGAAGGGGAAUCGAUAUAUCCUGACAUUGGUCGACUAUGCCACCCGAUACCCUGACGCUGUCGCCCUCCCGGAUAUUACAACGGAACGUGUGGCUGAGGGCCUGGUAGAGAUGUUUACACGGAUCGGUCUGCCAAAAGAAAUCGUGAGCGACCGCGGCUCGAACUUUACGUCAGAUGUGAUGAAGGAGGUGAGCAGGCUGCUCUCCAUGACACAGCUCCACACCACACCAUAUCACCCUAUGGCCAACGGCCUUGUAGAGAAAUUUAACGGGACUAUCAAGAUGAUGAUGCGACGCAUGUGCCAGGAGAGGCCGAGAGACUGGGACCGGUACCUCGCACCCCUUCUCUUCGCAUACCGAGAGGUGCCGCAGGCGAGUCUGGGGUUUUCCCCCUUUGAACUGUUAUACGGUCGACAUGUGCGGGGGCCCCUCUCCGUUCUAAAGGAGCUGUGGACGAAUGAGGCCCUGGAGCCGGAGAUCCGUACCACCUACGAGUACGUGUGCGAACUCCGAAACCGACUGGAGGCGACCUGCCGGUUGGCCCAUGAGGAACUCGAACGAUCGGGUGCUCGGUACAAGAAGUACUACGACAAGAAGGCUCGGAACCGAGCCCUGAGCGCGGGUGACAGGGUGCUAAUCUUGCUCCCGACAGACAACAAUAAGCUGCUCAUGCAGUGGAGAGGGCCCUAUCCCGUCAUGGCAAGGAAGGGCGAAGUAGACUAUGCGGUGGACAUCGGGCAUGCAACGAGACUGUUUCAUAUCAACAUGUUAAAGAAAUACGAAGAGAGGGACCCGACGACCGCGAGCGGGGAAGGCAUUCAGUGUGCUCUGGUAACGCCGGACGAGGGGGAGUGGGAGGACAGGCUGCCGCUCUUGAGCCUCGAAAGGGUGGAGGAUAGUCGAGACGUGGCAAUGGCUGACGGGCUUACGGAGCAACAGCGGCGGCAAGCCCAGACCCUCGUCAAGGAGUUUGAGGUGGUAUUCUCAGAUGUACCCGGGCGCACGGACCUAGUGGAGUGCCGGUUGGACAUAUCGGCCCCCAGACCGGUACACACAAAGCAGUACCCACUUCCGCAUGCUGUGCGCCACACGAUCAACGACGAGGUGCAGAAGAUGUGGGAGAUGGGAAUAAUCGAGCGGUCCCAUUCGGCAUACAACUCUCCUGUCCUCGCCGUGAAGAAGCCCGACGGCACCCAUCGCCUAUGUAUUGAUUUUCGGGCGCUCAAUGAUGUCCUGGACACCGAUGCCGAACCGAUUCCCCGAGUGGAUACCUUGUUCUCGGAGAUAGGAGCGAAGAAAUAUUUUUCGAAGCUAGAUUUCACGAAAGGGUACUGGCAGAUCCCUCUCUCCGAGGAGUCACGGGCCAAGACUGCCUUUUCAACGGACACGGGACUCUACCAGUUUAGAUUCAUGCCGUUUGGGAUAAAGACGGCCCCGGCAAUCUUCACAAGGCUCAUGCGACGUCUUCUUGGGGCGGUGCCCGGGGUUCUAUACUACUACGACGAUGUCCUCAUUGCAAGCAACACGUGGGAGGAGCACCUGGCGACACUCAGAGAGGUGCUGGAGAAGAUCCGGGCCGCGGGGCUUACGGUGCGUCCCACAAAGUGUGAAAUUGGGAGGGAAGAAAUUGCCUUCCUGGGGCACCAGAUUGGAAAAGGCAAAAUGGCCCCUCUCAGUGGACUUGUGGAGAAAAUCCAAGGAGCGAAACGACCGGAGACAAAGCGCCAGGUGCGCUCAUUCUUGGGGCUGGCGGGAUAUUAUCGGGAAUUCAUCGCCAACUACGCAGAGGUGGCCGCUCCCCUGACCGGCUUGACCCGAAAAGGAGGCAGCAACCGAGUCGACUGGAAACCGGAGCAUGAGGAGUCCUUCGGCGAGCUGAAGCGCAGGCUGGCAAGCGCGCCGAUACUUAGGCUGCCCGACAUCCAAAAGCCCUUCGUUCUCAGAACCGAUGCUUCGGAUCAAAGCAUCGGUGCAGUCCUCCUCCAGGCGCAUGACGGUGUUCUACACCCGGUUGCAUACGCGAGUCGGAGGCUUCUGCAAAGGGAGGCCGCCUACGCAACCGUUGAGCGUGAGGGGCUGGCGCUGAUCUGGGGUAUCCAGAAAUUCCACACGUACCUCUACGGGAGGCCCUUUGUGCUGGAAACAGAUCACCAGCCCUUGCUUUACAUCAAUCGUACCCGACAUUCCAAUGCUCGUGUGAUGCGUUGGAGCCUCCGGCUCCAGGAGUACGAUUUUCGCGUACGAUACAUCAAGGGGAGCGAGAACGUUGGGGCGGAUUACCUCAGUCGCUUGUAAGGUAGAGCCAACGCAAAUUUUUUUUUUUUGCUGGCUCCUGUAGAUGGCGUUGGUAUUUGCUGAAGUGAACGCAGCCGAACUGUAUUUGUAUUUCUUUUUUUUGUAUGUACGACUAUAAAAUGCUUGGUGUUUACAGUUGUUCGUGAUAAAUAUCUGUUCAGUCGCAUGCAUACGUGCAGGCUACCGCCCAGUUUUGUGUCGAAUUGUGUGAUUUCUCUAUAUUCACUGGUGAAUAUUUUUGAAUUGGGGGUGGUGUCACAGAAUUCGAGCGUUUUGUGUGUUUGGUUUUUGAAUUGAUUUUUUUCUUUUUGUUCUUGCCGUCCAUUCGGCUGGCCCGGCGCAUUGAGCGGCAGGGUUCGUUCCUCGUCCGUUUUUUUUUUUGUUUUAUGACCCCCUGGCCCCGCGCGUUGAGCGGCGGGGUUCGGGCACCGUCCGUUUUCUGUUUUAUGACCCCCUGGCCCCCCCCCUCGUCCCGAGGACGAUUCUCGCGAGGUUUUUAGCUGGUAGCGAUGGGCCCUUCGGCUUCCCGGAAUGUUGGGAAUGGUUUCCAGAUGUCCGAGUGGGGGUGCGCUGUAUGGUUCGCUGGGAUAGGCUCACUGCGGGGCCUGCCAGUGUGACGUGUGUUUUUGUUGAUAUGUAUUUUGUUGUUGAAACUGUUGAAAAACAAUUAUUUUUUUUUUGAACGAGGGAGAGUGGUGUCUGCCGCUGGAAUUUGGGAAAGGGAGGACCUCGGCUUGAUUCCGAGCCGAGUCAGGGCAGUGUGCGCGAAGACUUGGCCCGGGGUGUACGCAACGCGAAGUUUGGGGCGGGACUGCGGUAGCGACGGAAGG